GUAGCGUAUUACUAUUCAACUAGCAGUUUUUUCCGCAAAGCCUUCAACAGCGCACGCGACGGUGUAACAUCGUUCGUUAAAUUCAAACUUUUAAUAUUUUUUUAUACUACAUUGCCUUCGAAAUUUUAUUAGAUUGUAAUAAAUUGUGACGUUACUCAUUCUGUGUAGUGUUAUUUUUUCGAAAUAAUGACGCAUUCAACCACAUUAAUACUACUCACAGUUCUGGUGUCGCAAGUCUACACAGCACCACAGCUGAUUACAUUCAAUGAUGGCAAAUUAGGAGUGAAUUUUGGAGGGUACCACGCAGCUGUCGGCAUUGGAGGAUUAGGUGGUAAAGGAGGAGCAACCGGCGGCCUCUUCGCUGAAGCUGGAACACCUUACGGUCAGUCAGCGAAAGCUGGACUAGGUGGAGCAGUAGAUUCCAAGGGAGGAUCUGGAGGAGGUCUAUAUGCUGGUGCAACUGCUGGCGGUAAUGUAAGAGCAGAAGCUGGUCUUUCUGGAGGAGUAGAAGGAGACAAAACAGCUGGGGUUGGCUACGCUUCAGCUCAAUCUGGAAACCACAUGGCAGUUUCGGGCCUGGGAGGAGAUACAUCUGCAAAUGGAGGCUCAGGAUUCAAAUUUUCUGGUACUAAGUCUUUUGGAAUAUCCAAAGGAAGUGUAAUAGAAACAGAUGUAGCUGUGCAACCAAUAGAAGUAACGAAACCUGUUCACAAAAAAGUUCAUAAAGAAUUCGACUUUGAUGCUGCAAAUGAAGUCAAUUUCGUUCCAUUGAAGGACGCAGAAGUUAAUGCUGAAGCAGAUGUCAACGUAAAAACUGAGGUGCAACCUGCAGUUGCUGUUAAAGAAGUAUAUGUAGAAUCUCAACCACGAGUAAUAGAGAAACAUAUUAUUCACACGCAUUACAAACCCCAUCACCACUUGCGUAAGACUACAUACAUCGGUGGUUUCUCUGGAGCAGACUUGCCACCUCAACCAGCUAUCGAAAAAAGAAUUGAUGUAGGCGUUGAGAGUGCUGCUAGUGCUGGGGUUUCAGGUGAUGAAACUGUUAAUGGAGGUGCUGGAACUCAAGGAAUAUAUACAAAACAAGUUACAUUUCAAAGAAAUCCAAACUUCUUUGCAGAUAUUUUCAAUAUUCCCAUUUCAACUCUGAAAGCAGUGGGUAAUUUCCUUACUAAUACUGCCGGAAGCACCAAUGUUUCCGUUCAGAAAACCGGCUCCGUGCAAGCAGAAUCUGACACGAAUUCAUCGAAGCAUGCUCCAGUAUCAUCACUUUCGGAUACAGAAAUUUCGGUACAGACACCGAUUGUAUCCCAAGUUAUUGACGAUAUAUUAGCUAUUCCCAUUAAUACACUUGGUGCUGUGAAUAAGUUUUUGGAGAACAAUGUGCCGGCUAGAAGAAAAAUUGUCCAGGUCAGUCAAAAUGAGACUAUUGACUCCACAAGGCCUAGACUGGGACGUCACGCGAGAAGACGAGCGAAUAAGCAUGUUGUUAUUAUUCAAGAAGAGACAGAGAAACCAGAAACUAAAGAAUAACUUAUACGUAUUAUGUAAUACUACAUAAAAGUACAAAAUAUGUAAUAAAUGAGAUAAUAUUUACAAUUUACAAAUAUUUUACAAAUGAGAGGCAUUUUGAUGUAAUAAUUAUAAGUAUUGUUAUCAAAACAUGUAAUAAAAUGUGUGAUAUUA